GACAGUGCAUGUGUCUGACAGUGCAUCUCGUCUGCAGCCAGAUGCUAUUGAAACGAUCGGAAAUCCUACCGAUUAAAGCUGUGAUGAGAAAUAAACAAAGAAAAAAAGUCACGUGACUGUCCUGAAUGACUACAACAGCUACUGCCGAGUCACGUGACACCCGUUACUUGACACCGCGCGGGUGUGAACAGGUCUGCUGUCAUGGGAUAUACCGCGGUCUGUUAAAUCGUUUCACUGCAUUUUGAGGCAAGUCCGAUAUUGUCAUUAUGUUUGAUAUAAUCAAACGACAAUUAUGUACAUAUGUAUAUACUUUCAAUGGAGCUGACAACUGCACACAAUAGCCAAUGAGAACCGAGAGUGAGACCUGGAGCCAAUGAGCGGGAAGAUCGUAGCCGCGUGGGUGACGUGCUGAAACGUCUGUACGUACGCGAAGCUCGCGUGCCUUUGGAGUACUGUAUCAAUCAAGCUCGUGCUGCAGAGUUUUAUUUAAACACAGGAUGGGUUUUCUGCUCUCUAAAUCAAUGGAGCAGAACUUCCAGAAACAACAGGAGUUCAUGCUGCUCAACGCUCGACUGCAGCUGGAGCGUCAGUUACAGAUGCAGAAUCAGAUGCGUGAGCGUCAGGUGGCCAUGCAGAUCGCCUGGUCCAGAGAGUUCCUCAAGUACUUCGGCUCGUUCUUCGGUCUGGUGACGCUGGGUCUCAGCAUCGGAGCCGUGAAGAAGAGGAGAGCUGCAUUACUAACUCCUGUCAUUCCUCUGAGUUUUAUUAUGGCCUAUCAGAUGGACGUGGCAUACGGCUCACUCAUUCAUCGCAUGAGAGAGGAAGCAGAGAGCAUCAUGGGAUCUGAGAGCAAGCGUCUGGAAAUGCCUCAUGGGAUGCCGACGUUUGAGAGUAUCGAGAAAUCUCGACGAGCGAAAUCUCGGCUCUCAUCUGUGCUGGAGAAGUGAUCCUAACUUCAGCUCAUUUCAGCAAUAUUAAAACUGAUUAAAUGUCUCUUUAUUA